CUUUUUAUUAUUGGCAGUACCUACAUGUCCUAAUCUGCCUGAUUUUUUUGGGGUUUAAACUCCAGGGCACUGCUGCUGUUUACAGCCAUGGGCAUUAAUCUGGUUCCUCUAAUGAUAGUUGCGCUGUUUCUGUGGAGGUCUGUUAUACCAGCGUGCAUAUCUAAUGUAUGUUGCCCUGACAUUAGGGAUCCACAUACUGCACAGUCGCUGUUCAGUCAUGCAUUAUAGUGAAUAAUGUACAGUUGAUGUCACUCAUUGUAUAGGGUUUGAAAACAUUACCUGAUAGUUGGAAUUACUAAAUUUAAAAAACGAAAAGUUACAGCUUCAAUUUUGUGGUUGGUUUGAAAAUGUGGAAUACAUUUUUUAUGAAAUGUCUUUUAAUCCCAACAACAGAAACCAUUUUACACUGGCAAGGAACACAAUCCAAUACCUUUCAGAAAGAGAAAAAGAUGAACAAGGGCAAACUGCUAACAAGUGAGGUAAUCUUCAAUCACAGCCUGGAAAUCCUCUGCAUUGUGACUGGAGAGGAUUGUAUAGUUGUAAAGAAACAUGUGGACAUUGACACAUGCAGCAGCAGUGCCCUUGUAUCAGGAGAUUUAUGUGCAACACAGACCACCUUGUAUGAACCACAACCUAAUUCUGUUAUGAAAGAGACUGUUAAUGAUACUGCCCCAGAUUUUGCAAAGAUGCUGGAACAAGCUCAAAAGAUACUCCAAGUCCUCAAUGAAGAGUUUCCUUGCUUUUCUGGUUCUGACCCAGGCAGCGAAAAUGGCAAACACUACUGUAAGGAUCAGAUCCAAUUCUCUGAACACCUGACUAACUUGGUUAAAUUAGUUAACAAAAUGAAGACUGAUAAGAAUCAAAUUAAUGGAAAAAUCUUAAGUCAUACCUUGGAGAUCAUCCAUCUCCUAACUGGCGAGGAUCAUAUAGUGGUGAAGAGGCCUAGUGACAAUGUCAAUGCAGACAGCAGUCCCUGUGUGCCAGAAGAAGACAGCAGUGCACAGAAUGUCAGCAAAGAUCCGACACCAAAUGCACUGAUACUUGAGAGAAACAAUGCAAAGAAUAUUCUGGAUCUAACCAAUAAAAUUAUCAAUGUACUCGCUGCAAGGGAGCUUCAAAAGUGCGAUGGUGGUGAGGUCAAUUCCACCAUGGAAGGAUAUUUCAAAGCUUAUGAGAAUUUUGUGAAGGACAGUGAAGAGGACCAGCCCCUCGUCUCACACGAGACUUCUGCAAAUAGAGAGAGGACUGCUGAGUACUCAAAGAGUGACAUAGAUGAGCUCAGUCCUGGUUCCACAGAAGAGCUCCAAAACAGAAGGAAAUCAAGUAGAAGGAAGAGCAAGCCAGUGAGGAUUAUGUCUGCAGAUGUACCUGCAUGUACAAGAACAUUUUCAGUUUGCUCCACUAGCUGUAAAAGGAAAACUCAUACAGAGGACAAAAGUGUAGUUACUCUUAGUACAGAUUACAACAAAGGAGAUGCAAAUGUAGCACAGAAUGAUAAAAAUAUACCUACAGAAUAUAAAUGUUCAGAUUGUUUUGAGACAUUUCAAUGUAAAUUUGAAUUUACAUCACAUGAGUGUGCACAAAAAACAGAGAAUCUGUCCUCGAAUUUUCAUAAAGGAAUGUUAAAAAAUGAACCUGAAGAGGAAACCUGUCCGUCCGAGAUGGUCAUACAUCGUACAAGAUGCUCUGGAGCAAAACCAUAUUUAUGUACCCAGUGUGGGAAAUAUUUCAGCAAAAGUUCGCACCUUGCUACACAUCAAAGAGUUCACACUGGAGAAAAACCAUAUAAGUGUUUGGAUUGUGGAAAACGUUUUACAAGUAGUUCCACACUUGUUGACCAUGAGCGGAUUCAUAGGGGAGAGAAACCUUUUGUUUGUUCGGAUUGUGGAAAAAGUUUUACUAAGAACUCAAAUCUUGUUGACCAUCAGAGAACUCACACAGGAGAAAGGCCAUUUGCAUGUAGGGAGUGUGGAAAGUGUUUUGCCAGAAGCUCCAACCUUGCUGAACACCUAAAGAUUCAUACUGGUGAAAAAUCAUGUGUUUGCCCUGAAUGUGGUAAAGCCUUUUCCAGAACUUCAAGUCUUCUGGAGCACCAGAAGAUUCACACUGGAGGAGAAACCUUUAUAUGUUCUGAAUGUGGUCAGUGUUUUACCAAGAACUCUAGUCUUGUCAGACACCAGAGCAUUCACACAGGAGAGAAACCAUUUGUAUGCACAGAAUGUGGUAAAGGUUUCUCCAACAGUUCAAAUCUUGUUCGACAUCAAAUUACUCACACUGGAGAAAGACCAUUUAUGUGCCCAAUUUGUGGGAGAUGUUUCAACCAGAACUCAAACUUAAUUUCACACAAAAAAACUCAUAAAGAUUGUGUGUGACUGUUAACACCAUUAACUGGAGGAAACAAAUGUUGAGUUUUGCUUUGUUUUUAAUUUUCAGAGUUGUAAAUUAUCACCAUUUUUAAGAGUCCCAUAGCAAGAAAUGUGAAAUAUAAGCUGUGUAGUUUGUGUGAAAAUGAGAGGAUCGAGUAAAAGAUGACAUUGGCUUGUUUCAUGAUUACUGCAACAUUUUACAUCUUGGAGUUAUAAUUAGAGUGUACAAAAACCAUACAGUUUUAACAAAUGAGCAAAUCAUGUUGCAUGCUAACAUUAUGAAAUUUCUAUUUUUCUAUAUAUUUUUUAAGCAUUACUGUAAAUUUCUGAUAAAAUAUGGGAGAAAACUACUGUCUGCUUCAAUAGAAAUGUAUUUGUGUGCUCUUUCCCCAUUUUGUAAAUGUUUUUAUGAGUCAUUUAUCGUUAGGUCUGGGUAUAGAGAUUUCAAAUUUAAGCAUUUUAAAGACUUUGAUUACAUUUUUAUACACAUAAUAUUUAAAUCUAUACUUACUGUCAAAUCAUAUCGUGAAAUUAAGUUCAUGUUGUA